GAUCAGCUGCGACGCGCACGAGGAGGAGAAGACAUGAGGAUAAGUAGAGUCUGAAACCACAGAAGAAGAAGAGGAGGAGGAGGCUGCUCCACUAUGCGUGUCCUUCAGUCUGGGUGUACACUCUUCCAACACUGACUCCGUCCACACUCUGCGUGUUUGAGCUCCACGCGCGCCGUCAUGUGGACACUGUGGCUCUUAGGGCUCCUCGCGACCAGCGCCGCGUCCGCGAGACCAGAGGAAGCACCGGGGGACGACGGAGGAGGAGAGUCCGGUUCAGGGAUGCUCCAGCCAGAUGAGUUGAACAUCCUGCAGGAGAUUUCCUCUCAGGUGUCCAACAGCAGUAACUCUUCGCUGACGGUGGAGGACGGCAGGUGUCCAGUUCUGCAGGUCGGCCUUUACUCCACUCUGGCCCUUCCUCUACGACAGAUCCUCACUGAUGGGCUUCCAGAUGAGUUCAGUUUACUGGUGCACCUGCGUAGUCCUCAGAGACACGAGCGCAGCGUCUUCACCAUGCUCAGCCCCGACAGCCACGUCAUGCUGCAGCUGAGGGUCAGCGCCUCCGCCGUCAUCUUCAUCGGAACACAGCAGCGGCAUUAUGAGUUCCCCGUUGCCGGUCUGUCUGAUGGGCAGUGGCACCGCGUGGCCAUCAGCGUGGCGUCCAGGCGUCUGGCGCUCUACGUGGACUGUACUCUGCUGGAGAGCGUGGACUGGGUCUACCACGGCAUGGACAUCGGCACUGACGGGCUGCUCAUGGUCGGAGGCAUCAUCGAGAGCUUUGAGACUCCGUUUGAGGGUGACCUCCGACAGCUGACCUUCCUGAUGGGCGACCCGGACGCCGCCCACAACCACUGCAGCCGCCACCCACCCCGCUGUGGAGAGACCGCCUCCAAGUCUCAGCGCUCUCCACGCACCGACAACGCUCUGGAGAACCUGCUGCUGUCCUCGAACGACCUGGAGGCCCUGCUGGGGGGGGAUCCUGAGGACGAGGCCUUUCUGGGCUUCAGCAGAUCUCGCCGCGGUGCACAGCCUCGGGCGUCUGAGGCCCCGUCCCCCGUCCCACCUCGUGUCCUCGGCUGA